CCUACAUCCUCUUCACCAACUUGAAGUCGACAUGUCCCAACCCAUACGCCUCGCACUGCUCCUCGGUAGCUGCAGACGAAAUGGCAACACCCCAGGUAUCGCAUCUUGGGUUCAGAAACUCGUCGAUGCUCGCCUGAACCCUGCGGGUACACCGAAGGCUUUCGACAUCAUACCUGUCGAUCCAACGAAAGCACCGCAUCCCUACGGCCCCAUCAUUGAUGGCAGCCGCCUUCCCGCGCAGAUCAACGACGCCCAGGAGUACUCGACCGAAGCCAUCCAGGAAUGGAGUCAGUUCAUCGCUUCGUGCGCCGGCUUCAUCGUUGUCACCCCACAGUACAAUGGUGGAUACCCUGGUGAGCUCAAGAACGCCAUUGACCAUCUGUACCGCGAAUGGCGGGGGAAGCCUAUCAUCACCAUUGCUUUCGGCGGCCACGGCGGCGGGAAAUGCGCUGUCCAGCUCCAGGGUGUGUACGCCCAGCUGAAGAUGCGCAUACCUGUCGAGCCUGUCUGCCUCACUCUGCCCCGUACGUACAUCGAGGGUGAGGAGCGGGUGUCGACCGAUGGCAAAUAUCCUGACUUCCUCGCUCAAUACGUUGAUGCGGUGGGCGAAGCCGCGGACGGACUCAAAGCGUCGCUCGUUUCCAACGAGUCGAAUUAAUACCGCCCUAUACACAUGCAACAUACGCGAUUCGCCGUAUAUUUGACAGCUGAAUGUCCUAUUUUCCUGUAUGGCAGUGACCAGAUAUUUUGAUAGAGUCUCCUCCUAUUGGUUGAACUUUCCCCUCUCGAUACGUGACAACAAACGCAAUAGUUGACUCUCAUUCGGGGUAAUAUUGAGUCCUUGUAGAUCGGUCUUUCGCUCCGGCAACGCUCAGUUGCGAUAAAUGUCCCCAUCGCCGGCAAUACUAGUAC